AUGACAACACCGACAGCGACACCCGCAAAUGAACCAGCCUUUGCACCGCGGCCAUCCUGGAUCCAAGGCCAGGUCGCCUUUCACGAGCAAAAUCACGGUCCGCUCCCCGAUGUCGUCGCAACACAAGGCCAAUAUCUUGUAGCCCAGCCGCACACGCCUGUCUUUCCACCCCUCAGAUCCGAGACUGAAGCGUUCGCUACCGAGCUCACCGCGUCGCUGGGUGCCCUCACCUCUCGCCAGAAUCGUCGCCGCCUCGGAUACGGGGUCGAGGCCGCGGAAGAAUGGCCCAUCGGUCGAACACCGCCGAAAGUCCGACGUGCUCAGAAGGAGAGGCUUAGGGCGAAACUCCGCGCAUCACUAGAAGAGGACUCAGAGUCGGAUAUCGAGGCCGUCCUAGAUAGUUAUUAUCCGCUCUCGCCUGUCCCGUCUGAAUCGCAAGGCUCUCCCUCUUCGUCCUUCGCCAUCGAUCCCAAAACCGCCAUUGUGUCGCGCGAUGGUCAAAUCGACUCCGAAAACGACUUCGGCAAGAAGAGGAAGCUGGAAAAGGUUGAGGAAGCACAUGACCAUGCCGGAGAUACGGAACAUACGAUAAAGAAGACGAAGGCUGAAGAUGUGUCUGGAGCUGAUGACGGGCCUCAAACCAGCAUGGUGGAAGACCUGGGGUCUACGGAUGGUGUUCUUGAGCGCCCAGAUAGUACAGCAGCGCCAAAAUCGCACUCCGAAAUGGGAGACGGCUCAUGCCUACAACGGACUGCGGAGAGACAUUCCUCACCAACUGACAACGCCCCUUCCGCAGUCACAACCGAUACGCCUCGUAGAGACAGAAUCUACCGUUUGGGUAGGGCCGGUCAGCGCCACGCAACCUGUUCUGCGCUGGAAGAGGUCGUUCAUGGAAAGGCAGGGGGUCAGAACAAAGCAAGUCGUCCACGAGCGACACGACCUCACCUGCUUUCAGCGGACGAGGAGCCCAAGAAGCGAGUCUCACCGAUUGAGUCCCAACGGGGAUCGAAAGAGAAAGACUCUUCACCGACGGCCGGGGAACACAAGGCAAAACAGAGCCGCAAGAUCCAUGAGCGUGGUCGUGGUGAUAGUCAAAAGAAGAAGCCCCCUAGGCGGCACGGCCGUGCACCUACAACAUCUGAUGAAAUGAACGCAGAGCCACUCGAGAAGGCCGAUGUGUCCUUGAUGGCCCAGGAGGCGGCCAAAGUAAUCAUGGACAACAGGAAGUACAGGAAAAAGGCGCCUUCACAUGAUACGCAAUCUCUACGCCGGAGUGAGAGGCUAAGACGGAAACAGGGCUUUGCUAAACCUCCCGAUUGA